AUGACGGAACGUUCUCGAAAAAAAGAGAAGGUUUUCAGAACAAUGGAAAACGACAAUGUCGUUUUUAGAAACGGAAAUCCAGUUCUCGUCGCUCAGCCACUCACCGUUGUCCGCGCCCUAACCAGCAAUGGCGACGCUCGUGUUCUUGCCACGCCGCCUACUCUGAACCCUAACUCCGACGAGUUCGAAGCAUGCAAAACCCCGAUGAUCAAGGUGAACGACGAGCCUCAAGAAGAAGAUGUCAAACCUUCCGUGGAGCGGCGUUCAAGGCUCCCGUUUGACGAUUUUCUAAAGGCUACGAACACACAAGUUGUCACUGUUGACGAAUCGAUGAAAUCAAUGGAAGUUGAAUCAACGAUUCCAAAGAAUACGGAGAGUGCCGAUGUUGAUGUGGUUUAUGAGACUCAGGAAUCGGUUAAGACUGGAUUCGUAGAUGAAUCGCUGAAGUCAACGGAAGUUGAACUACCUAUUCAAACUGAGGAAGAAGCUAUCAAUGUCAAUGUGAUUUGUGAAACACAGGAAUCCAUCAUCGCUGAUCCGAUUAAUGAAGCAACGCGGAUUCAAUCAAAUGAAGAAGCUUCCAAGGAGAAGGAAGUAGAUAUUAAUGAUUUGGAGGUGUUGAAGGUAGUGAAAGGGAAAGAAGCCGCUGUUAAUGACGAAGUUAGUGUUUUGAAGGUGGUGAAGAAAGAUGCAGUGGAAGAGAAGAAGAUUCCGAAUCUUGAGGAUGGUGAGUUUCCUGUUGAGCCUGGGUGGUCAUUACUCGGAAGGAAGAUUGAGGUUGCUACUUCCACAGCUAGAGGACUAAGGAGAUUGGUGGAUAAUGAGAUUGUUUAUUUCAAUUUCCCUGACCCAAAUACCUCUUACAAGUUCCAAUGGAUUGUUCGCGUCUCAACCAAACGUUCUGGAGUGGUUGGGAGGCUGCCAAUGGAAUGGGCAAAAUCUGUCAUGCCUCUUGUGCAAUCUGGAAAUGUUAGGGUUCAAGGCCGAUGCAUUGCCACACCAUAUAAAUUGGAAAUGAUGCAAGAAAUAAUGUUGUUAGUGAGUUUUUAUGUUCAUCAAUCUGUAUUCUUGGAGUCUGUUGAUACCUCUUGGAGGCUAGAGGCUUGUGGCCACAUUAACUCUGCUGCUUACCCCCUCCUUACACUGUUAAACAUGCUAGAGAUUGAGCCAUAUAGGAAGGCUGAUUUCACCCCUGAGGAAAUGAAGGCUCGGAAGCGGAUUCUUAAACUUGAUUCAGAUGAAGCUUCAGUUUUUCCUGUUAAUAAGCGAAGAAAAGGCAUCAGUGAGCCACUUCCUGAGCCAAAUAAGAAUGAACAAGCUCUUUCAGAGUCAGCUUUGAAUAAACUUGUUGGAGCUGCUGAAGUCUUUGACUUAGAGGAGAAAAAAGCACCAACAACCCUGAUGUGUAGUCUAAAGCCUUACCAGAGUCAAGCUCUGUAUUGGAUGACAGAAAUUGAGAAGGGAGCUGAUGAUGAAAAUGCUGAUAGAAAUCUACAUCCUUGCUGGUCAGCCUACAAUAUAUGCAAUGGAAGGACAAUUUAUGUGAACAUAUUUACUGGGGAGGCGGCAAAGAAAUUUCCACAAGCAACACAGAGAGCAAGAGGAGGAAUUCUGGCGGAUGCAAUGGGACUUGGAAAGACUGUUAUGACAAUUGCUUUGAUUCUAAGUAAUCCAGGCAGGGUGAAGUCAGAAGACAGUAACGCAGAGAGCCUAUAUGACAACAUUUUCUCAACUAAGAGGAGGAAUAUUAACAAUGUAGAGGGUGGCACUCUGAUUGUUUGUCCCAUGGCAUUAUUGGGUCAGUGGAAGGACGAGCUUGAAACACAUUCAAAAUCAGGCAGCAUAUCCAUAUUUGUUCAUUAUGGUGGGGGUAGAACUGAUAAUGUUGAUUUGUUGUUAGAGUACGACGUUGUCUUGACAACAUAUGGUGUCCUAUCAGCUUCAUAUAAAAGUGAUGGAGAGAAUAGCAUCUACCACAGGGUCCAAUUGUUCAGAGUGGUACUAGACGAAGCUCACCAUAUUAAAGCCCAUAAAAGUCAGGUUGCCCAGGCUACUAUUGCCCUGUCCUCACACUGCCGCUGGUGUCUAACUGGAACACCGCUUCAGAAUAGUUUGGAGGAUCUAUUCAGUCUCCUGUCUUUCCUGCGCAUUGAACCUUGGUGCAGUUGGCAGUGGUGGACUAAGUUGAUUCAAAAGCCCUAUGAGCAGGGUGAUCAAAGAGCCCUGAAAUUGGUCAAGGGAAUUUUGAGGACCUUGAUGUUAAGAAGAACCAAGGAAACAAAGGAUAAAGAAGGAAGGCCUAUACUUGUCUUGCCACCAACUGAUAUUCAAUUGAUUGAGUGUGAACAGUCAGAAUCUGAACGGGACUUCUAUGAUGCUCUCUUCCUGAGAUCUAAAGUAAGUUGUCCAUAGCUUGCUGCUAUCUGUAAAUAUUUGAACAGAAACUUGUUUCACAAUUGUCAUCUUUUCAUAAAGUGGUAGUUUUGGAAACUGUAAUUUCCCUCUAAUGUUGCUUUUACUAGAAACUUUAUAAUUGUUAGGAUAUUCAAAGAUACUACCUUAGUUAUGUAUUUUCGUCUGGAUUAAUUGUUUACUUUAAUAAGUAGGAAAACCAUGGAUAAAACA